GUUAUAUACGUGUCGAAGUGGCUUAUAGAUGCGCUCUUCUGCUUUUUUUUUCUAUUCGCCGGUCGAUGAUGUGUAGGUAAAGGUAUCACAGGUUAGGGAUCGGAGAGAGGUACGCGAGUGAGAGAGAAAAAAAGGAAUUCUAGAGGUCAUCGCAACACAAGCAACAGGUUACCCAGUACAACACACGCAUUCGAGUGUGUAGUGUACACUCAUCGUUCGUCCAAGAGUUGGUUGUGGAUUGCCGUUCUUGUUCUUGUUCUUGUUUCGAAGACCGAGGAGAGUUCGAGACUCGUAGUGGAAGUGGUGGAAUCGACGACUACAACACGACGUGAAAAUUUUUUUCACCGAGUUAGUCAGUGAAUGUGUGGCGUGCUCGCGUUGUUCUUGUUAUUGUGUCGUAUCUGUUUUUUAUUGUCGCUGUUAUUGUUGUAUUUCGGUUUUUUCGGCGCGUAGUGCGAGUCGCGAGUCGAUUUUCACACCUGUGAUCGCGUACCUCUUCGUGUUGUUGGAAAUUUCGCGAGCAUUUAUGUAUAUUUAUUCGAUCGAUAGAGGAAAUCGUAGGAUAUUCGAGCUGCGAGUGUUUUCCGGCAGCGAGAUCUGGUCGUGAUGGGUGAAUCUCGUCGUUGAAGUCAACCCCAAGUGUUUGUGUCCGUGUACUUUAUAAUUCGGUGAAUGAAACACCCCGCCUUUGAAUUCAAAUCCCCCUCGAACAAGUGCAAAAUGCCUCUACUGUCGCGCAAUUGUGAUUCCGAUUCGACCCCUAUUUGUCGAUGCCGAGUACUGUACUUGGGCUCGGCCGUACCUCACGUUACCAAAGAUGGUCUGCAAGGAAUACAAGAACCUUUGAGAGAACUGUACCCAGAACAGGGUGCUCACGGUGCUCGAGGUAUCGACUCGUGGCUCAGUGUCUGGAGCAACGGUCUGCUGUUAGAGAACGUCGACGAGAACCAUAAAAAGGUGACCAGGUUCUUCCCCAUCGACUCUCUGCAUUAUUGUGCCGCCGUCCGGUACGUCUUAGUGCCGGAGAAAUCAUCUGUAUCUUCGAGCACCCAACCGAGAUUCUUACCUUUGGAUUCGCCUUUCGCCAGAUCCCCUAAUCCUAACCAUCCUCCUCUAUUCGCCGCCAUCUUGAGACGUACCACCGGCAUCAAGGUGCUGGAAUGUCACGCGUUCAUCUGCAAACGCGAGGUGGCCGCCAACGCCCUCGUAAGGUGUUGCUUCCACGCUUACGCAGAUUCCUCGUACGCCAAACAAAUCGAAAAUGGCGGUUCACUGAUGAAUGGAAAUGGAUUAGGACAUGGAGCUGGUGGAGGCAGUCUGUAUGGAACAUUGUGCAAUGGCCAGCAAUCCUCUUCGAACAGUAUUGAAAAGGUCGAAGGAUGGAGAAGACUGGCCUCGCAGCCGGCCACAGCUGCCGGAAGCACGUUAACUUUAAAUAGUACUCUGCAGCAGCAAUCGCCCAACAACAACCACAAUCAUCAUCACCAUCAAGAAAAUGGUCUCAGCUCGAACAUCGAGCUGUCCAAUUCGGUGGACGAUGUUUCCAUCUACAACGGCGACGAGAACCAUAAAGUUUGGGCUGGAAGUACCAGAGAUCUGUCGGCUGAUCGCGAAGCCCUGUAUGGAGAAUACGGAGCUAGCACAAUGCGCAGCUCCAGAUCUAGCCGACCAAGACAGAUAAUGAACGCUCCUCCACCUCCACCUCCUCCACCGGUCAUCAAAGAAGAAAAAUCAUCCGGCAGCUCGAAGAAAUCCACCAAGGAACGAACCAGACGCAAGAAGCUAUCCGAGGGUAGCCGCGACGACCUUUAUUAUUUCACCAACGGUAACGGCACCGCUAGCACACUCAUGAGAGCCAAUGGAUCACCAGCCAUGAACGGUAUGGGCAAAUCGCCGAGCUCGAUUAGCGGUGGAACCAUAAUGCGAGGAUAUCCAAAAGGUGCCUAUCCUCCACCUCAUCUAAAUGGCAUGUACGCCACUAAUGGCACAAUGCUGCGUCCAGCAGCUUCCCAUAUGAAUGGUUUCCACCCGAUACACGGGCCCCCCGGUCCGCCACCACUGAUGAUGGUACCGACCACGUUACCGCAUCCACCCAGACGCAUAUCUACCGGAUCGUACUCGCAUAAAGGUAAACAUCCGGUAAUGGUACCGAUGCCCAGACACGUCGUACCCCCAUCCAUGAUACCCAUAGCUCCGCAACAAAUGUACGUGCAAACCGGACGUAAAUUAUCCAAACACCAUAUGCCCCCCGCUAUCCCAAUCGCAGCCAUGGAAGAACCCAUCUACAUGCCCUCAGCCAGACCCAUGAGUCCGGUCGCCUCUUACCAGCCGGGCCAUUUCCCCCACGAAGCGUACCUCAUGCAACAGUACGCCACAAUGGAUGCCAAAACAGCGGCCACGUCCAAGAAAAAGAAACACAAGGCGAAAAAAGACUCGUUCGUUGUGCCCAAUGGUAAAGCCCAUCAUGCUCCGGCGUCUCGUCUCGACGACGAAGACGAUCUCGAAGAGGGUGAUUCGGUCUACAACACUGGCAUCUAUAAACGUAAAGGCCAUCUGAACGAAAGAGCAUUCUCGUACUCGAUCCGGCAAGAGCACCGGUCCAGAUCGUACGGAUCUUUGGCUAAUUUGAAAUUCGCUCCUCCGCCCGUUGUACCCAAUGGAGCUAUACCCAUCGAUCAUCACCAUCACCAGGGCGUCAAUAAAGAAGAGAUCAAAAAAGAACGAGAAAUUAUGCAGAUGAUGCAGGAUCUAGAUUUAUCCGGAGAUGAGCUUGAAAGAUCCGAAGUUCCGCCCGGCAUUUACCCUACCAAUAAUAAAAUGAAAGCUGCCAAAGUUCGAAGAUAAAACUCAGCUGUCCGACCUUGUCGUGGUGUCCACAUUUAUGGAGAAUUCUUACCUAUGUUUUUAUUCUUUUUAAGGUGAGUACAAAUUUCCUUCCAAAAAUGAUGGAAUAUGAACUCGCGUGUGAGAAUAAAUUUUAUUUUUCCAUUUACCCUGCCCGAGGAAUCUCGACAUGGCCAACAGCGUUGUUGAUGAAGAAUCUCGUCGACCCAAAGGAGGAAUCACAAUUUCCCUACCGAUCGUAUUUUCUUCAUCGUGUGCAGUAGCCAGAGCCACCUUCCCCCAUAUCUAUGCUAGUCUUUACAUGGUUUCCCUUAUUCUCUCUUUUUCUCUCUAUAUGACGCACAAAAAAGAAAAUCGACGACGAUGUUACGAAGCAUGGCUCGCAAAUUUUACCUUAGUUAUAUUAUACUAUUUAUUCGUAGUAUAUUUGCUGAAAGUUUUUAGAAAAAGAAUUCGUAUGCGUGUGUGUGAGCGUGUGUGUGUGUGUUUGUGCGCAAAAAAGUUACUAUUUUUAUGGAGGUAUCGACUCGUACUUACCCUAAAAUAAUACAUCGUUUAUAUCGGAGGCUGUGUUCAUGAGGUAGUCCAGAGGUAAACUGCAGUAAGUAUGUGUGUUUUCAGGAGGAAUCUGUUGUGUAUAUGCUGAGUUGGUACUUCUUGCAGUAUACAUCUGGAUGACUCUCGUAAUUCGAAUAGUCAACUUAUUUGCGCAUGAUUAUACUAAAUGUAUGCCUGUGUUUGUGUUAGUAUUGUUCGAAUCUUUAUCGCAUAAUUUCUAAGUAAGGUACCAUAGGUAUAGUAGAUUAUGUGUUGAUAUAUUCGUUAAUUUUUUUUUCUAUUUUUUUUUUUUUUUUUUUUUUUUGGUAAUACUAAUACGUUUUUUUUCUUUUUAGAAAUAAUUUUGUAAAAAAAAAAGAUGAGACGUUUAUCUUAAUUUCGAUAUUUUACUUUUACGUGCCAUUUUUUUAAAUUAUUUAUUUUUUCGUCUCGAGCGAUGUGUUUUUUUUUCUAUUUUUUUCCCCUUUAUCGUUUGAAAAUUUUAAGACUUUUUAUCGUAUUAAUUAAGAAUGCGCUAUUCGUUUUUUUAACAAUUUAUUUUUAUGGAAUAUUUACCGUGUAAAUAUACAUGUUUUUACUUUAAUAUGUGAAAUGGUUUCGUUGUUGUUGUUCGUGAUUGAAAUGAUCAGAUUAUCAGAACAUGUGAGAAUCGAUGAUUUUAUACCUAGUCAAACUCGAAUAUUGAUAGCAUUUUUCUUUGAAUUUUACAUGAGAGUAACUUUCUCCAAGUUGGUUAGGAAAUGGAGGAUGGAAGGGAAGGGGGCAAUUAAAAUCUCCUAAAAUGUCAACAAAGUAGGUAUCAGUCUUCUAAAAUUUCUUUAACGCCAAAAAAAAAAAAAAAAAAAAAAAAAACUAAAAA